GCCUCCUGGCCGCCUUCGCCUUUGCAACUUCUUCAGGUCUGCGACUUUGUCAAGUCACGCCUUUGACGCCGCCGAAGAGGCCUUUAUCUGCAUGGAUGCUUUGGCUCGGUGACCAUCGGCAAAGCAUCCGUGACAGCCUGCCAGCGGAAGCGCCUAACACAGAGACCUUGAAGGAAGCCGGCAGACGCUGGCAGAGUCUCGAGAAGGCAGACAAGGAGAAGUACGAGAAGCUCGCAUCAGAUGCGAAAGAGGCUUACUUGAAGGAUGUGCAAGAUUUCGCCGCGGCUGGGGGCGUCAUGCCAGGCGCCAAACCGAGGAGAGAUCCGGCUAUCCCAAAGAAACCGCUGACCUCCUACAUGCUAUUCGUCCGCGAUCACAGACAAGAGAUCAAGGACUCGCUACCGCUGGACGGCCCAGCUGGCCACCUCUUUGUGGAGGCCGGAAAACGCUGGAGGGCUCUGGAUGACAGCGCUCGAGAGCAAUACAAGGCUCGCGCAGAGCAGCUGAAAGCAGCCUACUUGAAGGAGAUGAAGGACUUCCUGGCGAAGGGAGGGGUCAUCACCGAAACGAAGCGACAGGCCCGGACGAGGGCAAAGAAGGUGACGGGAAAGGAUCCGCUGGAGCCGAAGAAGCCACAGACGGCUUGGAAGCUUUGGCUGCGCGAGAACCGGGAGCAGAUCCUUGAGAAGCUGCGUUAUGCGAAGCUCUGUGCAUCCCAUUUUGCUUGA